UGCCGAUUUCACUCCCCUCCGUGUCGAUCUUCUUACCUCCCUCACCUCACCGCUUGCGACUUCGUUCCCUCGCCGUCGAUCUCCCCACGGCGGCUCUUUCAUUCCAUUCCGUCGAUCUCCCUCCGUCUCUCUCGUCUACAUCUCUGUCUUUCUCUGUUUAAUCUCAGGUCAGUGGCUGUGAGUCCAAACUCCAAAGGUAAGUCUUCACUCUUUCCAGGCUUUGCUACUUCUUCGUUCUGUUGCGAAAUGAGAACCGUUCAGGUUGCUCUGCGAACCCUUGGCGGUGGCUUAUCUCGGAGAUUAAAGCAACCUUCUGUGCUCAGAAACCUUUCCACAAACGCCGCUCGUGAUAGUGGCUUUGAUAAUGAUAAGGGAAAACCUGAUUCGUUUGAGUCUAUUGAUGACUUCGAACAUCGGAUAUUUGGGGGCGUUUCUAUGGGCGAUUCCGGAAAUGAUGCUUUCUUUGAGAAGCUUGAUAGACUUGGCAAACCUCGUGAAAGAAUAGGUUCGAGACCGAGUGGAGGAAACAAUUUUCAUGCGUUGCAUGGUCUGGAAGAUGAUCUUACCACGCUGUCAGAUGGGAUGGAUGGCAAGUUGAAGAAAGCUUCCACUUAUUUUGAGUAUGAUCCCGAGGAAAUUGCACAAGAUAAUUAUACUUUCAGAGCAGAUAUGUCUUUUAAGCCUGGAUCAACAUACGAAAUCAAGGAUCUGGAUCUAACAAAGCCAGGUGUACGUAAACCUUCCAAAAGGGUCGAGUUUCAGGUGACAACGGAGGAGGCCUUAAGAAAAGCUGAUUUCAGGAAUGUUAGAUUUUUGGCGAACUUUAUAACCGAAGCUGGGAUCAUUCACAAGAGGAGCAAGACACGUAUCAGUGCCAAGGCACAGAGGAAAGUUGCACGCGAGAUCAAAACUGCACGAGCAUUUGGCUUAAUGCCCUUCACAACAAUGGGAACCAAAUCAUUCCUUUUUGGCAAAAGCAUGGAGAAUCUUGAUACGGACUUUGCGUAUGAAGUUCCCGACGAUAAUACCGAUGCAGAUGGAGGACGCCCGCUCAAAUAAAACCGUGCUUUUAGAUGGUCGUGAAUGUGAAUUAUUUCCCUCCCUCACCCUUGCCUUUCUUCGAAGUUAUCAUCAUACUUCAAGCCCCCAGAAUCCAUCCUGCAAAUUUGUUGCAACCAGGAAGAUAUUGCAGAAACUCCAUAGUCAGUCUUUCAUCGAGACAUUCUAAAAUUUUGUUUUAUAUAUUGCUUCUCUGGUUGGAAGCCAAUUAGGCAAUUACUCUAAUUUGUGUGUUUGUUUUUCUUUUGCCUUAUAUUAUGUAAAGGUGAGUUAACUCAUCAGCUAGAAAUUGGAGCAGGUUGUUAGUUCUAAACAGAAAAUGGGAUUAGUUACUCCAUUGACAUGUUAGGCAGAAUAAAAUGGCGUAUUAACUGAA